AUGGAUUAAGAAGAUAAUUAUAGUCAGUUAUAUAAAAAGGAUAAUAUAGGUAAUUAUUCGGAAUCAUAAGAUCAACUACUAAAUUUUAAAUAUUCAUCUUAGGAAUAUUAUUAACAUUAUUACUAGAAUAGUCAAAGUCAACUUGAAGAAAAGAAUAGUUAAUUUUUAGAAUAAUAACAAAUAAAUGAUAUCCCAAUAAAGGAUCUUCCAAAAAUUUUGAACAAUUAAUUUUCAGUAUACUCAAAAAUAAAUGAUAUCCAAAUACCAAGUCCUCUAGAUGAAGGAAAAUAGUAAGAUGAAUCUUUAGUUGAUUAUUUUUAAUCACAACCGCAUUAAUUACUAAAUUCGUGUUCACCUUAAUUUCCGAUUAAUGAUUUUCAUACAAAUGAACAGAACUUAAAUUUGAAUUAAUUUAAUGUGAUAUCUUAAAAUGGUAACUUCCCUUAACAAAAUCAGCAGGUUUAAACAUCUACAGAGCUUCUAAAAAAUAAAAAAAAAUAACUAAAGCCACAAGAAAACCAAUCAUAACACUAAGAACCUUAAGUAUUUUAAAAUGAGCAAGAACAAAAAAAAAAAAGGUAAAUGAAAAAAAAAAUUUACCUUAGUUUUUUAAAAAAUGUUUUAUCAAAAUUUUAAAAAAAGCUUUGA